AUGGCUGAGGACAACAAAUUAUAUCGUGAGACAGAUUUGUCUUCCCCCGGGUGUCUGCCAACUGCCGUUGUUUUUCACGUUGCCUCUUUUUUAACUCCGAACGACGUUUGCUCCAUGAGCGCGACAUGCCGCAAGUGGAGAGAAGUGUGCUGUUCAGACCUGCAGCCUCUGUGGAGAGAAUUUGUAAGUAAGAAAUUCGGCCGGAAGUACGAGAACUACGUCACCUUUACGGGUGACAAUGACUGGCGAAGCUUGUAUCUCAAAAUUUCAACUUUCAUUUCAAAUCUGCGCAGAGGAAACGCGAAGGUGAAAUACCACCCUACUCUCCUUGAGCCUCCACUCUCUGACUCGUAUGAAGGCUGUCUAGCCAUGGCCACUGAUUGCUCGUGCCUCUUGUGGGAGAACGGCAAAGUUCUUCAGUGUGUAGAUAUCGAGGAAGGAAAGGAGCUGUGGAGAGCGUCAGUGACAAAUAGAAAGGGUGGCGCCUCCAGGCCGAGUGUCGUCGUGGGAAAGACCAAAGUUUUCCUCCAUUUAGAGCAGCAGGUGCAUGUCUUCGAACUCUCGAAUGGCGCCUUUGUGUCGCUUCUCUCAAUUCCACCAGACACAGAUGCUUCAGCUUCUGCUGGAUGUGCCGAAACGCCUGGGAACAAUAUGCCCCUAGACGUCUCUCUUCGGAACCUGCAUUUCACCUUUUUGACGAAGCGCACGCUCUUUGUCUUCCACUCCGAAAACCUCAAACUCCUCUAUAAAGUUCAGCACCGCGAGUUGACGCCGCUGAUCGACACAGUAGAGGGCAUAGACUUUUGCUGGGCAGGAAAUCGAUGCUGCGCAGGCCCAGACGGGACAGAGUGUCACGAGUGCUCGGCAAACGGUUUAAUGUUGCGGCCACAGUGUCAACAGAUCUGCAGACACAUUGUCACCUGGUUGGUAAAGAGGAGUCGAUCGAUAAAAAUCUGGGACAUUCGUGACGGAGCGAAUGUGUACUGUUUGCGGGGGCAUGAGGCACCGGUGCAGAAGGUUCGCCACGUGAUGAACUGGAGAGAUCUCGCCGAGUACUUUUUAGCUUCUCUCGACACUGAAGGAAGUGUGAGAAUUUGGGGCUCGCACAACAAACAUUUCGUUUGUCUACAAGAACUAAAACCGGACAUCUCACGAGGCACUGUCUUCCGCAUGUCAUUCUCGUCGACACAUCUCAUGACCAUGUCUAAGGAGACUGCUGGGGGCGACGUCCUGAUCACCAUCUGGAAAUUUGAUCAGACAACUGCAAACACCCUUCUAAGGAGAGCUCCUCGUUCGCACUCGAAAAAUGCGGAGAGACGUGCAUCCACGGAAAGCAGGACAAACAGUACCAACCAGGACGCAUUAGUUCUUCCCAGCGGAAAUCCGCAGUUGAGCAGAUACACCGUAAAAAACAGUCAAGAGGGAGAACCGUCGAGUGCUGCAACCCAGCACCCCGUGCCUUCGUUCCCUUCGUCUCUGCCGGUAGUACGCAGCGGCCCACGCCUAACAGAAACCGGGAAACCGAGAUCCUCCUGUGACUCCCCGAUUCGCUGCUGCCACACUUCGUCGGUCGAAGCAGAAAGCGAAGGCCUCCGAAGCUCCGAAAUCAGAGAGAAAGGAGAACGCGUCCCGCGGAAUGGUAAGCCAGAAGCGGGAAACAGGGAGGAGCGCCUCCGUGAAAGAAAGCACUCUUUUUACAGGAAACGCAUUUCGUCUUCUGCCUAG